AUGGAGGUCAUAACCUACUCAUCGAAGCUCGUGAAACCCUCCACACCAACUACUAAAAUCCAUCGUUUCCACAAUAUUUCUUUCACUGAUGAACUAGCCCCGACAAUAAACGUCCCUCUCAUUCUGUACUACCCUCCGCCAGCUAAGGGAGUGAACAAUCAGUUUGAAAACAUCGGUGACCACUUGAAGGAUUCCAUAUCAAAAACCUUAAGUGAUUUUUAUCCCUUGGCGGGGAGAUAUAUUCGUAAGCUUUCCUUAAUUGAUUGUAACGAUCAAGGUAUUCGUUAUGUCCAAGGCAAAGCGAAUCUCAGACUCUCAGAGAUUUUAGAACCCGAAAGGGGAUUAAAAUCAAAUAUAGUAAAUAAUUUCCUCCCAUGUGAGAUUGGAGAGGCUGAUGAAGUUGAUGAUCCCAUGCUAUCUGUCAAAGUCACCACCUUCGAGUGUGGUGGUUUGGUUAUCGGUAUGUGCUUUCCACAUAGGCUCUCAGAUAUGGGAACUAUGUGCAACUUCAUUAACAACUGGGCUACUAGAAGCAAAGGCGAUUAUGAAUCUGGAAAAUACACCCCCAUAUUCAACUCGACUCUUUACUUCCCAAAACGAGGUUUACCAGAACUUGACCUGAGAGUGCCUAGGUCAAGCGUUGGUGUGAAGAAUAAGGUGCGAAGGUUUCAUUUUAAAGGAGAGGCGAUACAAGACAUGAGAGAAAAGAUCGGAUUCGAUAGAAAUGGGUCUCGUAAACCAUCAAAGGUCCAACUUGUUGUUGCGUUAUUAUGGAAGGCCUUAGUACGUAUGGAUGAAGCAAAUAACGGCCAAUCUAAGGCAUCUUUUCUCAUCCAACCAGUUGGACUGAGGGAUAAAAUAGACCCACAGUUACCUACAAACUCAUUUGGGAAUUAUUGGGGACUGGCAGCUUCCAAACUCGGGCCUGGUGAAGGUGACAAAAUCGAGUUUCAAGAUUUCUUCAAGAUUUUGUGUAACUCGGUUAAGAAAACAGCUAAAGAUUGUGGUAAAAUACUCACAAAUGGUGAAGAAGGAUAUGACGUCAUAAUCAAUCCCUAUUUGGAGUCAAAUAAAAACAUAGAUGACAGUGAAGUGAACUUCUACUUGUUCACUUGUUGGUGUAAGUUUUCAUUCUAUGAAGCUGAUUUUGGUUAUGGUAAGCCGAUUUGGUCAAGCACCGGUAGCUUGCCAGUCCAGAACUUGGUGAUCAUGCUGGAUGAUCACAAGGGUGAUGGUGUCGAAGCAUGGGUUCAUUUAGAUGAAAAAAGGAUGAAAGAAUUAGAACAAGAUUCUGAUAUCAAGGCCUAUGCACUGUAG